AUGUUCGUCGAAGCUGUCGGGCUGUUCUUCUUCCUCGCGGCCAUUUAUGUGGCGUCCACAAUUUGGCAAAACCGCCAUCUUCCCCCGGGACCGUUUCCGCUUCCAGUGCUGGGAAACUUGCUGUCGAUUAGCCUAGAUCAGCCGUAUCGUGAUUUUGCGAACAUGGCGCGGACGUACGGGAAGCUUUUCCGUGUGCAGAUGGGAAGCACAAAAGUGAUUGUCAUCAACAGCUACGAAAUCGCCAAAGAAGCGCUUGUGACAAAAGCAAAAGAUUUCGCUGGGCGACCUCCUCAUUUCUUUGGAGCAAUUUUUGGCCGAGAUAACACUGACAUUGCAUUUCAAUCUUACUCUCCUCGAUGGAAAUUGCAACACAAAAUCGCCAUGACAGCGAUGCGUAUGACCGAAGACAAAGCUAAUAUUCCUUUCUAUAUUGAAGAGCUGUGUGGGGCGUUUUGUUUGCACGAUGGAAAGCCAUUCAACCCUCGAGAUUCUAUUUACAAAUCCAUAGGAGGCUGUGUUUCAUCGUUGAUUUUUGGCGAUUAUAAAUGCAAUGACUGGGAAUUAAACGCGCUAUUACAAGCUAUCCAUGUGUUUAAUCUCUCAAUCGGGGCAGCUAAUUUCAUUAAUACAUUUCCAGUUUUCAAGUACAUCCCUUUCCGCAGCAUCGAGAAUGCAAAGGAUUCUGCAAAAAUUCGAGAUCAAAUUUUCGUGAGGAAAUUUCAAGAACAAGCUUCUACUUCGAACACGAAAAAUUUUAGCUCGGUGAUUGAAGCUAUGUACAAGGAAUUCAGAGAAAUUGGCUGCGAUGGACUCACAGAAAAUAAUUUAAUUUCAAGGUAAGCGCAACUCAAGUCCUAUAGUCAGAAUAUAUUACCAGGGCGACUUAAAAAAAUUUUUCGGCUUUUGAGUAAACACUUAUUCUUGGUUCGCAACCACGUGACAAGGCGGUCAUGUUUUUGGUCAAGACAGGACAAUUUUUUCUCAAAGAAUUUACAUGAAAAUAGAGUUUAGUUCCCAGAGGAGAGAAAUGCUUUUGCUCUUGACCGCCAACAUGGCCGCCUUGACGUCACGUGCAAACUAGCAAUUGGACUGUUUACAGUCCUCUAUUAUUCCGUAAGAUAGUCGAGAUCGAGCGCUUUGCGUUACGGGCUGCCAUCUUGCGUGAGUGUCAAAACUACUUAGGGGUUGGGGGUGGUUUAGAGCUAUAGUCCCUGACGCCCGCUCCCUCGGUACAUUCGAAAACCAAGAUGGCCGCCAUGAACAGUGAGACGCGCUUUAUCUCGACGAUCUCACAAAAAAUAGGGGACUGUGACAGUGAUUCGCGCUUACGUAGCGAAGCGUUACUUAAAUUUGAAGGCUACAACGAUGUACAGAUAACCACUUUAUUUCUGAACUGGUUGCCAACGGUAACUUAAUCGGCAACAGUCAAACUGCAAAGCAAAUGAAAGAUUUGCGUUUUAAGUAUGAAAUUGCACUUAAAGGCUGAAAUAUUCGCAGCGAAAUGCUACUUACAAUUCUGUUGGGUAAUCCACACAUCUUAACACGGCUCUUUACAUUAUCUUUCAACGGUUGUGUCCGGUUGAUUGCAAGGCGAGUCUAAUUAAAAAUACAUUACGCCUAUCUUAUACAAAAAUGCUAAUUCGUCGCCAGGUCCUUCGGGACUGCAUUUUGGCGCCAAAUCGGUACAGCUACACAAGCGCAAAUCAGACAGUCUAACCAGCAAUAGACCUCUCUAGCUUGACUCUUUGUCUUAUGCGUACAUAUGCACGUGAAGAAGACGAAAUUUGAAAGAAACAUUUCUCUGAAGUAUUAUCACAUGACCUGUAUUGGGGAAACAAAACAUACAAGCUAAAGAGGUCUAUUCACUUGCCUCCCACACAGACAUUCUUAGGACUUCGUCAGACGUUCCUUGAGGAGGAUUGCGUGACGGGCAAAACAACCGGAAGUAAAAUAUUUUGGGUGCAUGAAAGUGGGAACUAGGGUGGGUUUAGAUUCCCGACCCAAUUGCCCGAUACCCUAACUAAGCAGAGUAUCGACUCCCCGCUGGUUAUAGCCUGCGUAGCUGGUGGUUUGUUUUGUGAGAGGAAAAAACGAGAAAACGACGAGGGCUUUUUUGCACGCUCGGAAAAAAGUAAAAAUGACGCCAGCUGGGCUAGCCUGCAAAUUUCCGGUCGUCUCGUCUCUUCACCAAAGAGAAGCUCACUCAAUCGGGUAGAGAGAAGCGACGACCGGAAAUACGUCUGCGUUCGCGGGCUAGAGCUGCGCAGGCUCCACUGGUUGGUCCUGAUUCGUCGGUCCAUCAUAUUUUCCCAUGAUAUACAACACUCUGCAGUAUAUUCGCUAACCGUUUGGUCCUCUUUUGUUUCUUUUGGUUACUCGAAUUUGCAACAGAAUUUUAGCAGAGCAAACACAAAAUGUCCCACUAAAAAAAGGGUAAAAAAAAGAAAGAAAGAAAGAAAGAAAGAAAAGAAACGCGCGAAGGUCCAAAUAUUUUUAAAAACAACGACUUAACUUACUUACCAAUUAAAAAAAAAAUGAGUCAGUGAUGAACUAGCCACACAUUCGUCAAAACUCAAAUUGUCCAUCGAAAUCAGGUUAAGCUCUCGAUUUCCGAACUUUGCACCUUGUGGCGUGUGUUCUUUCUCGGCUGCAGCCGGUACGGCAGUUUUCAUUUUAUUUUCAGUAAAAUAGACAUUGCAAAUCCAUAUAAAUAAAAUUUCAGGAGCAAAACUUUAAAAAAAAAUUGCAAUUAAAAGGUUCAGUAAUCACUGAAGAACGUUUCUCAAUAAAAGUUACGCUAAUUUUCUGAUAAUGAAUUGCGUCAAAUCCAAGAGAAAUGGGGCUAAGUUUGAGUUAGCGGUGAGUUCGAGUUACCGGGGGUUCUACCAUGUCUACUGUAGCAAAAACCAAGGGAUCGGUGGGGGGUUCUAAACACCCCUACCCCACCUAUUCCACGGUGGGGGUAUGAAUCUGUACCUCCGAGAGUUUAUAAACUUUAAAUUAAUUAAGACUGACUAUCCCAUUUUCUUGUAGCGCCUCUGACUUGUUCUCUGCCGGAACGGAGACCCCUUCAACUGAAAUUCUCUGGAGUCUGCUUUAUGCCAUAAAGUACCCGGAUGUGCAGGCUAGGUUGCAUCGCGAGUUGGACGAUGUGAUUGGUCCCGAACGAUUGCCAGAGUUAUCAGACAGGCCAAACUUGCCUUAUUUGGACGCGUUCUUAACUGAGAUGGUACGCAUUGUAAGCGAGACCCCCCUGGCGAUUCCUCACUCGACCACGCGGGACACGACCCUUGCGGGAUUUUUCAUCCCGCGUGAUGUUACUGUGUUUGUUAAUCUCUGGGCUAUUCAUCACGACAUUGAAUACUGGGUAGAACCGUUCACUUUUCGACCGGAGCGUUUCUUGAACGAAGAUAGACAACUUCGAGUAGAUGGAAUGUUGCCCUUCUCAACUGGAAUACGCACGUGCCCUGGAGAAAAGUUUGGCAAGAAAGUAGUUUUCUUAUUUGUAGCAAGAUUGUUUCACAAGUUUAAAUUUGAGUGUCCGAAAGGUGAAGAAUUACCAGCCGAAGAAGAUAGUGAUCUUGGAAUUCUGCGUAAUUGUAAACCGUUUAAAAUCUGUGCCGUCGCGAGAAAUUAAAAAUAUAUGUCUUUGUAUUGGGACAAGAUGGAGAAUUUCUCGCCUAUUUUCUUUUCUUUUUGGAGGGAUGGAAUUUGACAUGUUAUUCUUUCUCCAAUACGGUGGAUUGUUCCACAUUGGACAAGCGAAAUAUCAGCACAACCCGUUGGUGUAAAAAGUCCGGAUCCAUGCCUUGAGAUAAGGCGGGGGAAGGGGCUGGGGCCGGUCGUCCAGAGCCCGAGAUAAGGGAGGGCCGGUCUCCAAAAAAAGUUUUUCGGCCCUUCGGACCUCAGUUUGGUCUAAAAAUAUGGGGGUGGGGGUGGGGGUGGGGGGGGGGAUGGGGGGGUGGGCCCCUCCCCUGGAUUUGCCACUGGGUGUAAAAAAGGGACGUUAGAGUUACGUUUACGGCAAACGCAAACGUGAAUUUGUACCACGUGACCAAGUUUCCCUCUUCCUUUACCGUUAAUUACUUCUACCAAAAAGAUAGAUUUGGCGGUAAAUUGAAGCCACCGUAAUGUAUUUCUUCUAUUGAAUACAAAAGAUCGAUCUCAGAUUUCAGUUGCAACAACUGCAACAAGAACAGAAGGUGGUUGGCCUGUGGUAUGACUAAUUGCGUAGCGCCACACACCAUGAGAGCUAGUUGUUUCUUCUUCGCGAUUCAUCGUCACAAUCACCCUCAAUUUGCCUUGUAGCUCAGUCGGCAGAGCAACGGUAAAUUCCCUGGCACCCAGAAGUCAUGGGUUCCAUUCCUAGCGCGACCACUUUUUAGGAUGACGGUUUUAGAAUUUUCCAUUGUUUUUAACCUCUUUUUAGCGAGCAUCUGAUACAAUGGUCUGAUCUUUGUCUUCGCUGUCUGUAAUACGCUACUUAGAGUAUGGAAGAAAUUUUAGAAACUACUUGGACGAUUUUCAUAUAUUAUACCCUUAUGAAUUGAAUGCCGAUAUACACGAUCAAGAAGAUCACAAGACAAAGUUACUUCGAAAGCUACUGAUGUUUUUUGUCCUUUAAUGCAUUAUUAAUUAAAAAUGUUAAUGUUUUAUUAAUUUUCCCAAUUUUCCCUUUUUUUAACCUUUUUGUUAAUAAGCAUUUGAAAGAAAGACUGAAAGACUUGAUACAUCUGUCCAACAGUAGCACUCAUUACAGCUCAAAAUGCUACCAGUUUGAUUCAUGGCAGUUCAUCGAGCUGGAUUGCCUGAAAUUAUUGUUUUCCUUUAAAAAAAGAAAGAGGUUUUGCGAUGUUGAGCAAACAUUCAGAUUAUUAGUAAACUUAUUGGAUGAGGUUUUUGUGAUAUCAGGAAUUAUGGAGGUCAAAGUAGGUGUUAUCAGUCGAGCCGAAGGCCGAGGUUGACGACAACUAACUGGUAUCUUAGUUUUUUACGAAAUCGUAAACAACGAUUAGUGUUUAUAGUUCGUCAGCUAGGGGAGUUGCAUGGCUCACUUAAGGAAAACAAACAAAACUUGUAUAAUCUUAAUCGCUGAUUAAUAAGCAUCACAAAAAAUGCAUGAUGACAAGGAUUGAGCGGUAACUUUCACUUUGUAAAUUGAUCUUUAAAUUUGCCCCUCAUACCCUCCUCUUGGUCGCCACCUUGGAUUUAUAAACAAACCUUCGGUUUCCUCUUAACUUGCUAUGAAAGGUCGCGCGCGCAGCGGAGCACUAUGGGUAAGAAAAUUUGGUAACCUAUGUAUCCGAGAAAUUUUGGUAGUCACGUGACCUCACCUCCGCCCGACUACCUGUCCAUCCGCACCACAGGCACACCAAUAUAAACAGGUAUGGAAGGACAUCGCAUGGCCGCCCGAACGUUUAGAGAGACAGAGAAAAAAAAACAAAGUCGUGUCUUUUUCGACGAUAUCUUUUAUGUUUACACUUACGUAGAUAACAGCGAAAGACCUAGAGCGAGUUAUUGAAGGCAAAGGAGACGAAUUUCAAUGGAAGAAAAACAUGAAAAUUUCAUAGCGGCGGUGAGAAAAUGAGAAAUGCUAGCGGCCAGCAAGGUGAAAUUGAGUGGCAGUGAAAGAAAAAAAAAAACAGGAAAACAGGAAACAAAAUCUCUGGUAAGCAUAUACGACAAUUCCUCCAUAAAAACUAGGGGUACCUUCCGGCAAGUGCCAACGAGGCGAAUUUGUUUAUCUUUCGUGGAAUGUGCCUAUCCAGAUCUUCGUGAUUUGUUACAUAAUUUUAGAGGUUUACAUUCGAUUCCGCCAUAGAAAGGGAUGGCACUCAACUUUAAGGAAAAAACUUGGUACAUCAUCUAGGCUUCCCAUUCUAUUAAAAAAUGACAACAUGGCUUGAAGCUCCGUUGGUAAAUUGGAGCAAGUCAGCUCUUAUCUUUCAGAAGCGGAUCUAAGGGGGAGGGUGCAGGGGGUGCGCACCCCCCCCUGAGAUGACCUGCGGUUUUCUGAUACAACUGGUAUUCUGUAAAAAUAAAAACUGUGUGGUUUAUUGGUGUUGAAGUAGAGCAAGAGACGAGUGCACCCCCUCCUGAAAAAGAUCCUGGAUCCGCCCCUGUAUUUUAUGGAAAUUCAAAACUACAAACGUUAGAAAGUAAAAUAUAGUUCAAGUGAGGUCUUUGACCGCUAAAAUUCAAAACUAAAAUUAAAUUCCGAGCUUUCGCCGAUCAACGGCAUUAUCAAGGAUAAGAUAAAUAUUCUGCAUGAUAAUAUACAUAUAGAAAAAAUUGGUGGAAGCAAAAAGUGUGAAAAGCGCAAGAAUGGGGCGGAAUACAUCAGAGGUAUAAAAAUAUAAACUUUAGUAAAAUACAAAGAUCUAAUGAGCGAUUGGCACAGGACAAAGAGUCUAUCGAAAGACAAAAUGAUUCAUAAUGAUGGUCUUUAAGGUGGCUCGACUGGAUUUUUUUAGGGGGAUACCUCCCAAGUUUGAGCCUUAACUACGUCGGCAUGAGUAAAGAUAUGGAAAAAAGGUUACCACAACAGUAUUACAUAAAGAUGAAAAUUUCUUAUGAUCUGGGUUUUAUUGCAAUCAUAGUCGCCAUGGCAACGUAAUGACGCCAUUUCGUUUUUCAUUUAUCUUUGUGUUUCUCUGUACCAGGAGUUUUUUAAAGAAAUCGCUUAAGGGAGUAUGUACCUGCCAUAAUUGCCUCCAUUAUGGCAAGGUUUGAAGAAAUUCUAUGAGAGCGUUUUCGAAAUAUUUUGAAAUGCAGUUUUAAGAAUCAUAAAAACAGUGAAAUAGCAUGCUAGCCGCACAAUUCGCUAAUAUUUUAAGAAAAUGAUAAGCUUUGGGAACGCGGCUUCAUCUGAUAGUGGAUUGAUUCCAUUGAAAACUGCAUACAAAAAAAGAGGGGAAUUGCUCUGGGUGAUCGCGAGCAAGAAGGAUUUUAUUAACUUGCAUUCAGAUGCUUUUGAUACAGUUUUUGGAGGUAAUUUGGUCCACGCCUAAAAAUUUCGCAUUUUUCCAAAAACCGCUCGAUAAAUUUUUUUAUAAAUUCGACAAUCCCGAGAUCAAUCGUCAAGAAAUAUUCUCUGCAAGUUUUAAGAACAUUGAAAACGGGGAAGGCUUUUAAAUAGGGCCUCAAAUAUAGCCAAUUUUCCCCCCAGAUUUUGUGUUUACAAGCGAGCGUCCUCAUUAUUCACUGGCAUUGUUUUCAAGUUUCAUAUACACGUGCACAUUUAGCAAAAAGAUAGAAUUUGCAUCAAAAAGGACCCUCGGUUAAAGCUCCGGGAUAUGCUAAUUACCGGGUAAAGAGGUUAGUGAUACAUUUUUAACAUCAGAACAAUUCUUUGUGACAGUUUCUGUGAUGUUAUAACCCGAUUAAGAUAAUUAAGUAUUGCUUCCUACACGAUGAGCCGUGACGUUCACCGUUUCGGCUCUCAUUGCUAUCUGUGAGUACAAGCCAAUUAUUAGCAUAUACCGGAUAUUUCUUUGGAAAGUAAUUUUUGAUGCAAAUUUAUAUCUUUUGCUAUUUGUGCACGUGCAUAUGAAACUUGAAAACAAUGCCAGUGAAUAAUAAGGACGCUCACUUGUAAACACAAAAUCUGGGGGGGAAAAUCGGUUAUGUUUGAGUCCCUAUUUAAAAGCCUUCCAUGUUUUCAAUGUUCUUGAAACUUGCAGGGAAUAUUUCUUGACGACUGAUCUCGGGAUUGUCGAAUUUAUAAAAAAAUUUAUCGAGCGGUUUUUGGAAAAAUGCGAAAUUUUUAGGCAUGGACCAAAUUACCUCCAAAAACUGUAUCAAAAGCAGCUGAAUGCAAGUUAAUAAAAUUCUUCUUACUCGCGAUCGCCCAGAGCAAUUCCCCUCUUUUUUUGUAUGCAGUUUUCAAUAGAAUCAAACCACUAUGAGAUGAAGCCGCGUUCCCAAAGCUUAUCAUUUUCUUAAAAUAUUAGCGAAUUGUGCGGCUAGCAUGCUAUUUCACUGCUUUGAUGAUUCUUAAAACUGCAUUUCGAAAUAUCUCGAAAACGCUCUCAUAGAAUUUCUUCAAACUUUGCCAUAAUGGAGGCAAUUAUGGCAGGUACAUACUCCCUUAAGCGAUUUCUUCAAAAAACUCCUGAUACAGGGAAACACAACAAUAAAUGAAAAACGUAAUGGCGUCAUUACGUUGCCAUGGCGACUCCGAUUGCAAUAAAACCCAAAUCAUAAAAAAUUUUCAUCUUUAUAUAAUACAGUUGUGGUAACCUUUUUUCCAUAUCUUUACUCAUGCCGACGUAGUUAAUGCUCAAACUUGGGAGGUACCGACCCCAAAAAAUCCAGUCGAGCCACCUUAAAACCGCAAAUUCGUUGCUGAUUCCUCAUGGGAGUUUAGGGCUGUCUUCAAUGUAAAUCGAGCUGCAAAAGGACACGCUGGUUGACAAAAAUCUAUCCAAAGGCAAAAAUAACUCAACUUCUAAAAAACAAAAGGUCCUCAAAUGCGUUGCAUUCCUCACGGCAGGUGAGGACCGGCUCAAUGUAAAUCGAACUGUGAAGAACACCGGCGCUGGUUCUGAUAAACGUUUUAAAUAAUACAAUCCCGUUCCUUGAUUACCUACCGCAUUAUUUACAAAGGAAAAGAUGACACUGAAAAUCCUGGUUCUGAGUCGAGAAGCGAACACGCUACCUCAAUGUAAAUCGAGCUGCGAAGAACAAGCUGGUUCUGACAAAAAUUGGAGCGUAAAACCCUAUUCCUUAAUGAGUUGCUGCUGAAACGCAAUUUGUAAAGCGAACCAGAGCACUAAUAGCCCUUCAAAUCUAGAAGUCGUUUAAAGCUUGCUCACAUGUCAGGGCCUCUUGAACUGAAAACGAACAGCUGCACACGGGAUCACCCAAUUUCGAAUCACAAGUUGUAAAUACAAGAUCAGUGACGCCACUGCCCAAAUAUGGCCAUGGGGUCUUUCUUACACCCAAAGAUGGUCAAAUAUGCAAAUUUUAGAGGGUUACGCAGAAUUUGAGAGUUUUUGCCUACAUUGCGCGGGAUUAUGAAUCUGCCACCGAGGUAACCUCGCUUCUUAGCUCGGUUGUAAUGUGUAACUAGGAAUUUUGACUGGACGUUUUAGUCGUGCAAAACAACGGCAAGGAAAGACAGAAAAGCGUGCUGCACAAUUUUAAAUUUAUGUCAUUAAAAAAUUGCUGAGAAUGCGAGCGAGUGAAGAUUAUAAUUUAUUAAUGUUGUGCAUUUUGGUCGAUCCAUAGUCCUAGGAUGACCAAUCCAUUCAAAAAGUUAGUUGAGGAUAAUUUCGGGAUCGAUGCGAAAAAAAAUAAGGGGUGGCGAAUGGUACCUCAAAAAAACGUGGGUCUCGGAAAAUUUUGGCAGGAUCUCGAAAUCUCGGAAGCGUUUUAGAUAAGUCUCGAAGUCUCGUUUCUGCAUGGUUUGUUUUUACUUUUUUUGACUCUCGAAACUUUUUACCAAAGAGUCGCAGUCUCGGAUUUCUAACUAGGAUCUCGGCGUCUCAGCGAGUCUCGGAUUUUACCAUUCGCCACCCCUAAAAUAGGGGAUCAUUUCGGGGUCGGAUGCAUUUCGGGGGUUGCUACAGAUCUUUUGGAUCGGAUAGUAAUCUCGAUUUGACGGAAUUUGACAGAUACUGAUACUGUAAAGUGAACUCAUUGCGCAUCAACUCAAGGACCUUGACCCUUGAGCCUUUUAGCCUUGACCCUGGGCGGACCUAGCCGUCUACCUUAAGGAUUUAUGUCUGCAACGAAGGCUACACAUAUUUUGUUGAUACUCCAGUCUAAAACCUCUAGUCAUUCACAAUCAUGUUUGUCGAAAUUCUCACUCUGCUAACACUUUAUUUGGCAAUAUACAUCGCUUCUACGAUAUGGCAAAACCGCUACCUUCCGCCGGGUCCUUUUCCGUUUCCAGUGCUGGGAAACUUGCUGUCUAUUAGCCAAGAUCAGCCUUAUCGUGAUUUCGCGAACAUGGCGAAAAAGUACGGAAAACUUUUUCGAAUCCAGAUGGGCAGUAAGAAAGCGGUCGUCAUUAACAGCUAUGAAAUUGCCAGAGAAGCGCUUUUGACUAAAGCAAAAGACUUCGCAGGGCGGCCGCCGCAUUUUUUGGGAAGCAUUUUCGGCCGAAACGGCUCCGCCAUCGGGUUUGAAUCUUUCUCCGAACGAUGGAAAAUGCAACAUAAGAUGUUAACUGCAGCUUUGCGCUCAACGGAAGACAAAGCUAAUAUCUCGUUGCAUAUCGAAGAACUAUGCGGGCUAUUUCUUUCCUCGCACGCUAAACCAUUUUGCCCACGGGAUAACGUUUACAAGUCAUUUGGGAACUGUCUGUCUUCCAUGAUCUUUGGACAAGAAUGUAAACUUGAUGACCGCGAGGUUGACACUCUAAUCGACGCUGUACACGUCUUUCGAAUGUCAUUCGAAUGUCGUUAGGAGCAGCUAAUGCAAUUGAUACGUUUCCCUUUUUAAAAUACAUUCCUUUUGAGAUCAUAAAACGAGCAAGGCGUGCAGGAGAAAAUAGAGACGAAAUUUUCAACAGAAGAUUCCGAGAGCAUGUCUCAACGUUCAAAAAAGGCAACAUUCGGUCUACGAUUGACGCUAUGUUGAAAGACUUUUGGAGUGAUGGUUGCAAUUUACUGACGGAAGAGAAUUUGAUUUCAAGGUGAGGAGGUGCUAUUACAACUGUGUUUAAAUUGGGCCCGGUUCCUCGAAAGAUGCUCAAGAGUUUAACUCAAGGUUAAAUCAAAUUUUAGUUUUCUUGUCUAGGACUUCUUAACACAAAAUGAUAUUCUCAAACAAUCGGAGGGUAAUUAAAUACCCUCAUGGAUUAAAAUUUUAAUCUUCGACAAAGACGAUUAACGCAGACUUCUGCUUAUCCUUAUUCUGGAACCGGGUCUUGGGGUCACAGAUAUCUACAGAGGGCAAAACAUGUUUAAGUUCCUUCAAGGUAAAAAAAAAAAACCAGAACAAAAACAAAAAAAAAAACGGAAAAGUUUAUCGGAACAACGGUGUUUUUCGUUUUGCAUUAUCUGCACUCCUUUUGGGGAUAUUCAAGUUUCUGUAUUAUGCAAAUUAGGUAAGUUAAGACGUCACCAAUCCCCCGAAGAAGGACGGCUUGUCCGUUCGAAGCCUCAAGUCGCUUUUGUCUUUGCUGUUUAAUUUUACUACUAAUGUGUAAUUUUAUUCACAAACUCUGUUUUCUCUUUUUUCGUGUGAUUGUCGAGGUUGAUGAGGGCGCGCUCUUAGUGAUAGGGUUCGGUGGCGUUGGAAACGAUGGGGGAAGAUCUUAAUUUUCCCCGCCCCCUAGCUCAGCCAUAUCACCUCCACCUAGAAAUUUGGGGGAGGGACCGAGGGUAGGACUCCCUCGGGUAUGCGCCGCUAAACAGGGUAUAGUUUUCAGGGUCUUGAGUCUUGAACAGGGUAUACAAUAGGAUGGGGGAGUUUUUUGCACGUACUGGAAGCCCUCAAGAGUGUGAAGGUUGGCGAUGAGCCAACACCAUGCCCCCUCGGGUAAUUUGUACUCUCCCCAGUCUUCCCUCACUAUAAGAAACAAGAACGCUUUUGAUAGCUUUAAGUCUCACUUGCUUGGAGAUUAGAUAAGAAAUGAGGAAAGGAUCAAUUCUUCAUGAAACACGAUUUUCUCGCUAAAAGCGUUUUACUCCCUUCUUUAUCGACGGUCGAGUAUUCUUCAGCAUAUUUACUUUCGUAUUGGAUGAUUUGUAAGUACGCUUCUGUAAAUACACGAAAAUCAAGGGCCUCUAUUCAGGAGAAAUUAUAUAAAAAACGUGAUGAAGAUGGCGCGUCAUUUCAAUCAUCCCCGAAAAUACACCGCAUGCUCAUCACAAGACUCAUCAGUGACUCAUUUGCAUACCGUCAAAGUUUACAACGCCCGACCAGUUAGCCUCACCAUCGAAGCUUUGCUCAUUAAGAUUCUUCUUCUUUUUUUUUUGACCACUGAAGUAAUCACUUGUUCCAAAGUAAUCAACGCUUUCAAGCGAUAGAAAUCGUCAACCGAUUCUUUCCGGAAAACUGCUCGACAUGUUUCGCAUCAAUAUUUCCUAAGCUUUCUAUGCAUGGCUUUCGUCACGCCGCCAAUCUUAUCCCCAGGUUCCACGGUCUCCGCUAGGAACACCUGGGACCAUAACUCCUUUUUUGGCGCGCACACACGAAAACAAAAGGAAACACACGCUUUCAUUUUAAGAGUCUCGCAGCUAAAGCAAGCGAGGCUAAUAUCGGCGGUUGAGAAGGGCCACAUGAAUGAGGUGGAAAGGUAAAGCCUAAACAAGAUAAUUUAGCGUCUCCUUCUUCUCCUUCCUCACAAAUUGAUGUCACGCAUCAAUUAUAAUCGCAAAAUACACGGGCUUUGGCGUGAAUGCAGGCAGGAGACUGACCAGACCCCUGCUAUCUACGGGGAAAACCCAGAGACGUCAGUGAAUCAUAUACGCCUAUUUCAAUAAAGUUUGCUAUUCUCGUGAAACAUGAUGCAUGAUCCAUGAUCCAUGUUUCAUGACAUGCGGUGCAUUAUGUGAGCAAGCUCAGUUUGUCAUAUGCCCGCGCCGUACGCGGAAGACUUCCGUUAGAGUGCGAUUUGGUUUCCACAUUUUUGUGGGUAUUAAGCAGAAGAAGCCUGUUUUCAUCUUGGAAUAUCCAAAUGGACUCAAAGGCGCUACUUCCUUAGUUAAGUUUGUUUCGGGUGAUGUGGACGCAAAGAAGAUGGGAUGACCUUCUUGAAGCGUACCUUGAACCCGACGACGGCGAGGCAACAAGAACGUCACAAAAACUAUAGGUUUAACAAAGCAAAACAACCAUUCUUCACGUGCAGCAGCCUUUUUUUUGUACAUUUCAUUACCAUCACCGCACGACUACGACGUGAAAAUGCCUUAUUUCACGUUUUAUAGAGGACGUAAACAAGAGACGACGAAAUUUUCUUUCUCUUUUCUAACCUGAAUAAGGUUCUUAGGAAUUUAGCUCUUAGGAGAGUUCGCCUACAUUGACAAACGAAGUUAGUUGGAAUAAUCGCGAUGGAGGUUAAAGAAUCGAAGGCGAAUUCACUUUUUAUGCAGCGUUUUCGCCCCCGUCCUUAGAUCUUAAUCAAGGUCCCUAUUUUAAAUUAGGCUUGUGUAACGCUGAAAAGUAAAUAACUUUACAUUACGAGUUUGUUAAGUAUUUUUAAGGAUGAAAGAUUGAAAAAAAGGGGGUAAAAAAAGGAGGAAUGUAGAAGCCUAUUUCAAGGCUGUCCACGUUGGCGGCUCUUAAUUUCUUUGUUACAAUGAAAUUCUUCAGCUCACUUGCACUUGAGAAUUUCGUCCCCUGUUUGAGCUGAAAACUCUCUUUCACUGCCUUCUUAUUGUUUGUUAGUACUUUCAACAAAUGUUGUGUGUAUUAUUAUUAUCAGUUGCCGAGCACAGGCGUGCACAAACUUCCUGCUUACAAAAAGAUCUACCACAAUACACCGCAGGCUACGAAACGUGGAUCAUGAAUCAUGCAUCACGUUUCACGGGAGCAACCUUAAUUGAAAUCAGUGUAUAUUUCAGUAAUAAAUGCAGGUCGACUACAAUUUCCCUUUUUUUCCCUCUAGCGCCUCGGAGCUGUUUAUAGCUGGUACAGGAACGCUCUCAGUUGUGCUCCUUUGGAGCCUUUAUUACGUCACCAAACACCCAGAUGUACAGGCCAGGUUACAUUGCGAGCUAGAUGAAUUCAUUGGCAAAAAUGCACGACUUCCAGAGUUCUCAGAUCGGCCCAACUUACCAUAUUUCGAAGCGUUUACUGCUGAACUACAUCGUUCUGCAAGUGACAAUCCUUUGGCGCUUCCUCAUUCGACAACACGGGAUACAUCCCUUGCGGGAUUCUUUAUCCCUCGGGAUACCACAGUGUUUGUUAAUCUCUGGGGAAUUCACCACGAUCCUGAUUACUGGCGGGAGCCAUUUAGUUUUCGGCCGGACCGAUUCUUGGAUGAACAGGGACGACUGCAUGUGGAGGGAAUCAUGCCUUUCUCGACAGGAAUACGUUCGUGUCUCGGGGAAAAGUUUGCCAAAAGAGUGGUUUUCUUGUUCGUCGCGCGAUUGCUGCACAAAUUUAGAUUUGAGUGUCCGCAUGGUGAAAUCCUGCCCGAAGAGGAAGACAUAAGUGAUUACGGGAUUUUACUUGAUUGUAAGCCGUUUAGGAUAAAAGCAAUAGAAAGAAGAGUUAAUAGUUAAUUGAUUACAUCGCUUGCUGUGCUGACAGGAAUCUAUUAUAGAUUAUAGAGUGUUUUCACUCACGUGGCCAGCAUCUAUGUAAAAUUUAUUGGAACAACAGAAAGCGUUUGCAUGAGAAAAGAGUUGAACUCCCAGAGGAUUGGUUUGGGACACCAACAUGGCCGCCGUUUCAUUGUUUUGGGACACCAAUAUGGCUGCCGUGACGUCAUGUGAAAAC